UAAAAAAUAAUGGGGUGAGAGAGGCUCAAACUCUCGACCUCAGGAUUACUCAGACAGCUAUGAGACCUACGCGCUAGCCAACUGCGCCACCACCCCUGUUGUUUACUUCCAUCAGAAACAGCCUUGAAGUACGAUGAGACCAAAACUCUUCUGAGGUACGCGCAACGCCCAAUCUUCUCUGCUUCUUUCUCAAUUCGUCCGUGCGCUAUAUCCUUCUCCUCUGCUCUUGGUUCUUGCGAGUUUCAGAGAUUGGAGUGUGGGAUGAUCUCCUUGCGAGAUUAAGCAUGUAUUUGUCGUGAGUUCUAAGGUUUUACCAAUGGUUGGACAUGCUGUAUCUCCAUCAUUAUGCAUUCAUCUGCGUAUGCCUGAGGUUCACUUUAGUAAAAGAAGCUGUAUAUCCAAAACUCCUCAUGUGAAGAUUGCUCAAAGGAAGCAUUUUGGGAGUUGCAGCAUCACUUGUAGACCAUCAGGGGAAGCUCGCAAACGUUCUGUUUCUACCUCCUUGAAUCUUGGAGCUUAUCUGUCUCGUGGAGAGUCUUCUUGCAAGUGUACUUGCUUGGCAUCUUUGGCGGAGUUUGAUGCUGUCGCUGGUUCCGGUUGGGUCCCUGCCGGUGAUCAACUUCUCCUUAUGGCCAGUGUUUUCCUUACAUAUAUGGCUGGAGUGAUUCCUCUUCAAAACUCUGCUUACUCUUCCACAAAGAAUCCAGAUGUUGAAACUUCAGAAUCUUCUGGUAGGGACACAGAUUCUGAGAGUGAUUUGAAGUCUGUAUGGGAUGUGGUGAAAGGAAAGCUUUUAGAUUCUUUAGACGCCAUCAAACGUGAGAGUACACUUGGAAGCAGAGUCCUAAAAGCCAAACCACCCCUAGGGAAGCCCCCGCUGAGCUUGUAUGCGAUAUCCGAAGGGCCACGGCUGUACUUGCUCUGGUCAUGUUUUCAGAAACUUGAAGAAGAGACAAAUAAGAUCGCUAACACAACCAGUUCGUAUGAGUGGAUGGUUAGUUUUACUGAUAUUGUCCGCGAAGCAUAUCAAGGAGCAUGCACGGCUUGGCUAAAAAGGGAACUGUGUGUGGGAAACACUGAGGCGAUUACUCCUUUGCUGAUCAAAAUGCUAAAUGACAAGGACGCUAUCUUAGCUAAAAUAAGAAAAUCAGGCAAGGAGGAACUGUUUGCAGACUUCUUAUAUUUUCACAGAUUUGGAUCUUCCAGGAAAGCUUCUUGCUACGACCUCAGCUUGUUUCGCACUCACGGAGUUGCCAUUUUGGAAGACUUGAUGAUAACUUUAGCAGAUGGGGUCGCUAGCAUCUAUCUAGAGCUCAUUUCUGUAGACAGCAAGUUUUCAAAUGAAGUGAACAGCGGAGGAUUAGAUAUCUGUAGCCUUUCUAGUAGAGCACUACAAAAACUACGUAACGAGGUAGCUCUGUACCAGUGGUUGCAUCAGAACAUGGAAGCAGUUGUGUCUAUGUAUGAGGAUCGCUUUGACCUCUACAUUCUUCAAACUCAAGUUAUCAACAACCCUGAUGGUGUUGACGAUACAAAAAGCGGUAGUUGGUGGAGAAAGCUCACACCGGGAAAAGCUAAAGCUGCCUCAUCAUCAUCACCCUUGCGAUACUCCAUAAUCAGCGACUUCUCAUUGCCAGUUAAACGAACAAAGGAGCUUAAGGCUCUAUCGGGAUGGAGGUACUACUUCAGUCUGUUUCUGGAGUUAUCAGACAUUGGAAUGCCAAUCAUCAGAGUGGUGCUGGAUAAAGUGAGUAGCGUCAUAUCCUUCUUUCUUGUCACCUUGAUCGGUAGAUCAGUUGGACUCAUCUUCACCGGCAUUAGACAAUCUCUCCGGUGGAAGUGAAAUCUUAUAACUGAGAAUUGUAUUUAUUUUUUCUUACCGUCGACCUCAUUUUUUGGUGCCCUUUUGAUGAUUCAUGUUUAGGAAGAGAUAAGCAGAUGAAAUAUUCUAUGAACUUCCAGUUUGGCAUUGACUCAAUUAUUUCAACAACAUUACCAUU